ACGUCCUCAGAAUCAACCGGGGCCUCGGAGUCUGGCAACAGCAGGUCAACCGCCGCGUCCUCAAGCCAAUCAGCUACCAUUGGGCCCGAAUUCCUUGCAAUUCAACGCCGUUAGGCCGCAAGGUUUUCCCCAAAGAACACCUUCGCAGAGCAGCAUUCGUUCGGAUUCUCCGGACAGUUCUCGACCAGGAACACCCUCCGCUGCCGGGAGGUUAUCGAGCAUUUUUCCCCAGAGGCAACUGAUGUCUGGCCCGGAAGGUCUACCACCUCAAACAAACAACGAGUCCUCACGCGAGCUCCGAAAUGAUCUUUCGAUGAGCCAUGAUGCUCCGGUGCUACAGCGCGAUCCCUUGGAUCCUAAAAAUGAAGAAAAGCUGAAAGAUUUGACGGGAGGCGAUGAUAAGAUUAUGGAGAAUAUCAACGGCAAGCCAAAGAUGCCGAGCAACGCUGACGACGAUGAUGACGUCGUUGUUGACUCGGGAAACUCGAACAAAAUCACGGAACACCAAGAAAAGCAAGGGGACGAUCGGUCGGAUUCUCCGAUGUCGCAACAAGGUCCGAUUUCAACGGGGAUUAAAAUUAGUGAAAAACAGGCUAUUGAACACCCGAAUGAUAUUCUGGAACGCAAAUCCUCCGGUGAAUCCAUUCUGCACGGUGUAUCGGGUUCAAAUUUGAUAAACGAGUCGGCUCUUGGAUACGACGCGAAAGUUCUUACGCCGGAACCUUCGAAGACUCCCCAACCACACGAGGAGGAACUGGAGUCCCUGAAAGCAGAGGACAAAUUUUCCUCCAAAGGUGAGGACUUCGAUUCACCGGUUCCAAGGUCUCCAGCGAACUUGUCUUCUCCGGUACCUGAGAAACCACUCGAAUUGACUCCUGGGAAUUCGCCGAAACCUCCGCCUCUUCAGAGCCAAGAAUUCGACGAAAGACUGUCGGUCUCUGGCUCUCCGGAAGCUUCGCCGAAAUCGUUACACCCGAAGGUGAUCGGGUUCGACGAUGGAAACGAAAGGCCGUUGUCCUCGAAAUCCCCGGUUUCUUCAUCCGCACCUUCGCCUAAUCCACCAAAGUCUCCAAGCCUCGCCUCGCCGUCUCCGAGCCUCCAAAACGCUCCGGUUUCUCCCGUGACACGUUCUCCAGUUUCUACAAAGUCCCCUGUAUCCUCCGUGAAAUCACCAGCUUCCACCCCCCAGUCACCUAAUCCUCCUAAGUCACCCGGGUGCCUGAGAUCCUCGGAAGGUGAGAAGUCUGGACGAAGUACACCGGAUACUGAGGGUGCUAAGAAGCGGGCUACUUUCGCCAAGGACUUGAUAAUGACCGGGGCGAAUAAGGACGACGAAAGUACAGCUUCGGUGACGAGCGAGUUGAAGGAUUUGGAACUGACCACUCCGGAGGAAUCGUCCAAGGGUACACCGACCACACCUUCUAAGGGCACUCCGGGUACACCGAAAAAGUCUUUCGCACCAUCGAGUGCGGACCGAAGUAGACACCGAUCGCGUUCGCCAAAAUCUGACGUUGGCAAGUCACCAGAGAAAGAAUCUGCCGCCUCGCGAAAUCGAACUGCGAGGGAGUCCAAAGAGCGCAACAUUGCUUCAGCAAAUCGUUCCAGAAAAACAGAAGGGGAUAACGACAGUGGUGUGGAUGAGUCGACGCAAGGAAACGAACUGACGACAAAUGGAGAUGCGGGAUCGCCGACAAAGUCACACUCAAAAAUUCCGGGUCCGAAACGAUCGACUUCAAGUUCACCGACGAAAUCGCCAAGCAAGUCUGUCAAGGGGUUGCCCAAAACUCCUGACACUUCUUUAGCACCCUCUGCAUCUGCAGACAAAAAAAAAGUGCCGAUGAACAAGAUUCAGGUCGGUGCAGCACCGUCGCCAAAUUUAAAAACUGUUAGGUCAAAAAUUGGUUCAUUGGAAAACACGAGCUACAAGCCUGGUGGUGGUAAAAUCAAGAUCGAGAACAGAAAGCUUGACUUCAGUAAAGCGCAGCCAAAGAUUGCAGCUAAGAAUGACAAAUACAUGCCAAGCGGAGGAGACAAAAAGAUAACGCAAGUGAAACUCCAAUGGAACGCUAAGCCAAAAGUGGGCUCGUUGGAAAACUCGACUUACAAACCAGGUGGCGGUGAUAAGAAGAUUGAAACUGUUAAGCUGGACUUCAAAGAAAAGGCUAAGCCAAAAGUUGCCUCUAAGGAUAACGUGAAACACGUACCAGGAGGCGGUACCGUCAAGAUCGAGACCGUAAAAAUCGAAGUUAAGGCUGAAAGCAAGGUGCACUCGUUGGAUAAUGUGAAACACAAGCCUGGUGGAGGAGACAAGAAGAUUUUUAACGACAAGGACUACCUCCGACAGACGAGCUCCAAUGUGGAAAGCUUAAGCGGCAGCGGGUCUCAGGAGGGCAAAGCCAAUGUUGCACUCAACCUUACCUCGGCAUCUUCAGCGAGGAAGACGAAGAAACUUUCUCACGCAGAGGACAGUUCAACACCUUCGUCGCAAGAAGGUAAUUUAAUAAACGCAGUUACUACGACAGAGUCGACAAUAACUGCUAGACCGAAAUCUCGUUCUGAACAAGUACCGGUACCACCAACAACAACGCCUGUAGAAGAGAAGAAAGCAUUUCCUCAAUCGCGAAAAUCCAGUCUAGUGAAGACACCGGAUAGAUCAAAAACCCCGGAGCAUUCUAAGAAGGUAACGAUAGCCGAGAGCGAAGAUGUCAGAGAGAUCCAAGCAAAAAGAAGUCCUAAGUCAUCGACAGAGAAAAGACCGAAGACACCAGAGGAAAGAAGGCCGAAGACUCCGGAAGAAAAAAGGCCGAAGACACCAGAGGAGAGAAGACCAAAGACUCCGGAAGAAAAGAGACCUUCGACUCCGAGGCACGAAACUGGAGCCCAAAAGACACCAGAUCCUGAGAAUAAACCGUCGACACCACGUCUCAAAAGCCCAUUGAAGAAGUUUCCAAACGAGGAGCGUCAAAAGAGUCCUGGAAAGAAAUCACCCGCUAAGGAGAGUCCCGUUUCUCCUGUGGGCAAGGUAACACCACGAAAGGAAAGAUCGUCUCCCCCGAACAGUUUGCCGCUGAAUAACACUGAUGAUGCAAACGAAAAACUGAGGAAUUCUUCUUCGAAGGAGUUCAGACUGCCAAAAAUAGUCUCAAGUAUGUUGCCAGAACUGGGUUCCCAUGAUCCGGUUAUCGCCACACCAGGUUCAGAUUCAAAAAUUGCAUUGCCAAAACUGGUCGACGCGCCCAUUCCGCCAUCUCGAACUGGAUUGGCCCAGUAAAUGAAAAUUGUCAAAUAUUUAACAUGAUUCUGGUUUGAGGUUUGUCUCGGUAGAGAUACUUCGUGAAAAAUAUGUAGUUUGUUAUUGCUAACAAGUUUUGAAGACGCAGGUAACUUGUGGAACAAUUUUUACACGGAUGAUCGAUGAAAAAUUGUUUUAUAUCGAUAUGACAUCGGUAUUGGGCAGUUUUAAAAAGAAAUCACGUAAUUGAUACUCCGACUAUUUGUCUAUUAAAUGUAAGUUAUAACGAGUCACUUAAUCUCUAGAGCGAUAAAAUUAUGUAAUUUUCAAUUUCACCUCGCUUUUUUACCUCGAGUUUAUUAACGUACACACGUAUGUCGUGUACGAACGAAGUUAUAGGCUCGCUGUAGAAAAUACUAGUAUUUAAAAAACUAAACUAAAAAUUAAUACGCAAAAAAAAUCACGGCUUUGUAACUUUUUUGCAUGCUAACUUUGAAGAGGAAAAUUCAAAGUGGUAUUAACUGUAUAACUAUGAUGACUGAACUUGAAACAGAACAAAGUUGGAUUGACAUGAUUUAAUUUUCAGUAACGUUUGAAUUACUAAGAAAAUCGCUGUCAAAUGUAACUUCGUCAUCCUAAUGUUUGACAGAAUUUCAGUAUACACGUAUGAUUAAUAUAAUGGCAUUGUAAACGUCAACAGCCGUGACUUGCUGAACGGCAAUUUACAGGUCUGUUAUUUGUUUUAACAAUGAAUUAUUAAUUCCGUCCAUCGAAAAUCUUCCCAAAUGAUGAAAAUCAUUGCCGGAACGGUAAAUUGAACGCAACUAUACAUAUAACAUCUAUAUAUAUAUAUAUACAUAUAUUUGUUAUUUUUAAAACACAUAUUUGUUGUUAGAUGAUUAUAUAUAUAUAUAGGCAUGCAGAUUAUUACACGAAGGAAAAACGCUGUAGUUCAAAGCAAGAUUAUGUCUAAUCUUAUAUCUAAGUAUAAUAUAUAUUAUGUGAAUGCAGUUUCUAAGUAGUCAUUUGUAACUAUAAAAAUUGAAUAUCGCAAUUGUUUCAAACGCUUCUCAUGUAAUAAGAUAUUAGAAAUAAUUAAACUAUGAAGUUGAAUACGUAUGUGAAAUA